AAAUCAUUUAUUGACUCUCCAAACCCCAAUCGAAGAAAUUUCGCAGCGACUGUAAACAUCUUCCAACAUCAUUUCUUCCCUAAACCUAACCUUCUGAUUGUGAUAUUCUUGUUGGAACCGAUAAUCCUUCAGAAAUUGUUCGAGAGCAUCUUUUUUCUUUCGCCAAAAUUCAAGCCGCUAUUUCUUUGAAUGGAUAAUGCAGAAAAAGACAAUAGCAACGGCUCCGAUUCGCCAUCAUCCGGCGGUCCCGAGCUAUGGAGUUUAUGGCAACUAUUAGACUCUAUCCUCCCCACCGGCGGCUUCGCCCAUUCGUAUGGCCUAGAGGCCGCUGUGCAGGUUCGCGUGGUUCCACCGGAGGAUCUCGAGACAUACAUAAUCCAAGUAAUCGAGAACACGGGAAGCCUACUUCUUCCUUUCGUGCACGCGGCAUCCAUGUCUCCCGAUGAGCAAACUUGGCGUAAACUAGACAACUUGCUGAACGCCAUGAUGACAAACAAAGUCGCGCGCAAUGCGUCAAUGUCUCAAGGAUCGGCGCUCAUGAGAGUAGCCGCUUCCGUCUUCUCGGAAGCUCCAUCUCUCGGGAGGAUGAGAAGUGCAGCUUUGAGCAGCGGCGGCGCGUCGUUCCACCACGCGCCGAUCUUUGGGCUUGUUUGCGGACUACUUGGGUUCGACACUGAGACCAGUCAGAGAGCGUACAUCUUCAUAACGACGAGAGACAUUGUAUCAGCGGCGACGAGGCUGAAUUUGGUCGGGCCACUAGCGGCGGCGGAAUUACAGCAUAAGGUUGGACCGGUGGCGGAGGAGGUGUGUAGAAGGUGGAUGAACCGGUCUGUGGAGGAGGCUUGCCAAACAUGUCCUUUGCUCGACAUUGUCCAGGGCUGUCAUAGCUAUUUGUUUUCUAGAUUAUUCCGUUCCUGACUGACUGAAUUUACUUUAAAACAAAUAUGCUUAAUUUUAAUAAAUAUACAUGUUAGAUGUGUGAAAUUUCAAGGAUAAAUAUAAUUUGGACUCUAAACACAGGACGUAAUAAAGCUAAAAAUUGAAGUAAAGACAACUGAAACCAUAA